AUGGGCGGCCUAACGACUUGCCGAGACUCAGUGCGUUCCAUCAAAGCUUAUCGGCGGGGACUAGAAGUGAAGCGGGACUGGAUGGCUCAAAGUACACCGCCGACUACAACCUAUGAGCCGAUCACAUUCACAGAAGACGAUGCGUCAGGCCUAGCUGGGCCGCACAACGACCCCCUCGUAGUCGAGAUGACAAUUGGUGAAAGCAUAGUCACCAAAAUCUUGAUUGAUACUGGCAGCUCGGUAAACGUCAUUUUCAAAGACGUACUAAUUCAGAUGGAGGUAGACCUGCGAACGGCCGAUCAUGACGUCCAACCCCUCACAGGCUUUGACGGCGACACGGUUAUGACAGUUGGUACGAUCAUGCUACCAGUCUACGUAGGCGGAACGAUGCACUGCAUCAAUUUUGCCAUCAUCGAUAAACCAAUCGUCUACAACGUCAUCCUGGGGACUCCAUGGUUGCAUAAGAUGAAAGCUGUGGCGUCGACGUACCAUCAGUGCGUAAAGUUUCCAACCUCAAGAGGAAUAUUCACGCUACGAGGAGACCCGUUGAUCGCCAGAACUUGCUUCAUCAUCGAACGACAACAGCGCAGUGCCCGCACCUUCGCAAUCUCAGACCCUGCCGAGCAGCCAGAUGGUCGUGUCCGUCCCAACACCGAGCUAAUCAUCCAGGUAAACAUCGACCCUUCCAACGCGACUCGUUGCGUAGGGAUCGGUGCCGACCUGCCGCAGACUAUCAAGGACGAGCUCGUGAAGUUUCUGUCCCAAAACGUCGAAACUUUUGCAUGGAGCAUGAGCAGUAUGACCGGAAUCGAUCCCAACAUAACAUGUCACGAACUCAAUGUGGAUCCAACGUUUAAACCGGUCAAGCAAAAGCGAAGAAAACUCGGACUAGAGCGUACGGCCGCCGUUAACGAAGAGAUCAAAAAACUACUCACGGCUGGGUCCAUCAGAGAAGUCAAGUACCCCGACUGGUUAAGCAACCCUGUAGUUGUGAAGAAAAAGAACGGCAAGUGGCGGGUGUGCGUCGAUUUUACCGAUCUUAACAAGUCAUGCCCAAAGGACAGCUUUCCUCUACCAAGAAUCGACCAACUGGUCAAAGCGACCGCGGGGAACGAGCUUCUAUCGAUCAUGGACACAUACUCCGGGUACAACCAGAUAAUGAUGCAUAAAAACGAUCAAGAAAAGACGGUCUUUAUUACCGAUCAAGGCACUUACUGCUACAAGGUUAUGCCGUUUGGCCUUAAGAAUGCUGGUGCGACCUACCAACGCCUUGUCAACCGGAUGUUUGCCGAGCAGCUCGGCCGAACAAUGGAAGUGUACAUCGAUGAUAUGCUGGUGAAAUCAACUCACGCUGCCGACCACGUUUCACAUCUCGCUAAGUGCUUUGAAGUUCUCAACCGAUAUAACAUGAAGCUGAAUCCAGCUAAGUGCUCGUUCGGCGUAACUUCUGGAGAGUUCCUAGGAUACCUCGUCACCAAGAGGGGUAUCGAAGCUAACCCGAACCAGAUUUCGGCGCUUACCAACCUACCAUCUCCAAGAAAUACUCGAGAAGUACAACGACUUACUGGGCGAAUUGCCGCCCUCAAUCGAUUUAUCUCACGAUCUACCGACAAGUGUCUACCGUUUUACCAGCUGCUUCGCAGCAACAAAAAGUUUGAGUGGGAUGAUAAGUGUGAGUCUGCCUUCCAGGAGCUCAAAAACUAUCUCGCUACUCCUCCAGUCCUAGCUAAACCUGAUCAGGGGGAAACGCUUUACCUGUACAUCGCUGUCUCCAGCUCGGCGGUCAGCGGUGUACUCAUUAAAGAGGACAGGGGAGAUCAGCAUCCCAUUUUCUAUGUGAGCAAAAGUCUCGAUGGAGCUGAGCUCCGAUAUCCAACCUUGGAGAAGCUCGCCUACGCCGUAGUUAUCUCGGCUAGGAAGCUACGUCCAUACUUCCAAUCUCACACUGUUGAAGUCUUAACUAACCAGCCGUUGAGGACCAUCCUACACAGUCCGAGUCAAUCAGGUCGCCUGGCCAAAUGGGCAGUGGAAUUAAGCGAAUAUGAUAUCGAAUACAAGAAUCGCACUUGUGCGAAAUCUCAAGUACUCGCAGAUUUUUUGGUUGAGCUCUCCCCUGAACUAGAAUCAGGGGCUCCGCGCGCAGAGAAAUGGUCGUUACACGUCGAUGGUGCUUCCUCCCGACACGGCUCUGGGAUCGGAAUACAUCUCGUUUCGCCGACAGGAGAAGUACUCGAACAGUCAUUCCGGCUCGCCUUCACUGCCUCAAACAACGAGGCCGAGUAUGAAGCCCUGAUCGCAGGAAUGAGAUUGGCAGGUGGAAUCGGGGUUAAGAAGUUACAAGUUUUUUGCGACUCGCAACUAGUAACUCACCAGUUCAGCGGCGAUUACGAAUGCAGGAACGACCGAAUGGACGCUUACCUUAAGGUUGUCCAGGAACUGUCCGGCUCAUUUGAGUCGUUUGAAUUGACGAAAAUCUCUCGUAGCGACAAUGCUCCAGCUGACGCCCUGGCCGUCCUCGCUUCAACAUCCGACCCCGACCUCCGUCGAAUCAUUCCUGUCGAGAGUAUUGAUCAGCCGAGCAUCAAUCUCCCAACGAACAUCGAUCCCAUUGGUCAAGAUCAUAAAAAGAAAAAGGUUAUGGAGGAUGCGAGCAUCAACAUUCCAUCCUCAAAGAAACAAAGAACAGGUGAGGGUCCUCCCGUGCUAACAUUGCGUAUCUCUGAACCAUCGGCCGGUGCGCCAUCAACUUCUGUUAGACGCACGACCGAGCAAGAAUCCACCGAGCUGAUAUCCAACGAACAAAUAGCUGAAGAAUCAGAGUCCGCCGAACAAGAAUGCACCGAGCUGAUAUCCAACGAACAAAUAGCUGAAGAAUCGGAAUCCGCCGAACAAGGAUCCACCGAACGAAUAUCUGCCGAACGAGAAACAAGACAAGCAUCUGCCGAUCACGAGUCCGUCAAUCAAGGGCAGACCAGUUCUGAACCAAAAGAACGAUNGUCAAGAUCAUAA